GUCCACGUGAAGUUACUGCAGCAGAUAAUCCUGGCGUCGUUCGACAUGGCGCGAGCUCAGGUGGUGCCCAAGAAGAUCCAGUACGUCGCCAGACAGGAACAACAGCUGUAUGAGACAAUCAACGAGAAAUUCACAGAAGGAGACAAGAAGCAAGAGUUGCUGCAGAUCAUGCAGGAAGUGCUGCUGGAGAUGAGGUCUGAGGUCAACAAUAUGGACUGGAGUGUAGACGAUCUCCCGUGGCACCAGGACCGUCGCUUCGUGAUAUCGAACUCUGUGUUCUACUCGCGCUCGGGCGCCUCCCCCGCGCCCCGCCACGCGCCCGAGCGGGGCCGCGGCGCGGGCGCGGACGCGCGCGACGCCUCCGACGGCGAGGACGCGCUCGGCGCCGACGCCUGCAACAUCGACGACUACGACAUCAUCGCCGAUAAUGACGAUAGCUUGCUGGAGUCAUAUCCUACAUCCCGCCCAGACGACGACCUGAUCUCGUUCCCGUACAACGACAUCCACGUGGAGAACGAGUCGGGGUCGUUUUCGCUGUCGAGCGGCACGCUGUGGGGCGCGAGCGGCGCCACGGCGGGCACGGGCAGCACGGCGGGCUCCGGCCUCACGUCCUGCACCAACAGCGUCAACAUCUCCGUCAAGCAGGCCUCGCUCGAUGUGCAGCAGACGGUUCUCUCAAAAUUAAGUCGCAAAAUAAGCUUAAGACUAGUCAAGUUCGUCGAUUGCCUCAAGGAUACCUAUUUUGGAACGCUACAAAGAUGCCUGCUGUCGCUGGAGGCGUCGUGCCGGUCGGAGCUGGGCGGGCGGCCGGCGAGCGAGGCGAUGCGGCAGCUGGUGUGCGCGGCGCGCGGCGUGGACCUCGCGCCGUGCGCCUCCUUCGCUGCUGCGGACGCUGCUCGACUCGCUCCGGAGGCUGCUGCACAGGUCUGUAUUGUAUGCCUGCUGUCGCGGGAGGCGUCGUGCCGGUCGGAGCUGGGCGGGCGGCCGGCGAGCGAGGCGAUGCGGCAGCUGGUGUGCGCGGCGCGCGGCGUGGACCUCGCGCCGUGCGCCUCCUUCUCGCUGCUGCGGACGCUGCUCGACUCGCUCCGGAGGCUGCUGCACAGGUCUGCGUCGUGCCGGUCGGAGCUGGGCGGGCGGCCGGCGAGCGAGGCGAUGCGGCAGCUGGUGUGCGCGGCGCGCGGCGUGGACCUCGCGCCGUGCGCCUCCUUCGCUGCUGCGGACGCUGCUCGACUCGCUCCGGAGGCUGCUGCACAGGUCUGUAUUGUAUGCCUGCUGUCGCGGGAGGCGUCGUGCCGGUCGGAGCUGGGCGGGCGGCCGGCGAGCGAGGCGAUGCGGCAGCUGGUGUGCGCGGCGCGCGGCGUGGACCUCGCGCCGUGCGCCUCCUUCGCUGCUGCGGACGCUGCUCGACUCGCUCCGGAGGCUGCUGCACAGGUCUGUAUUGUAUGCCUGCUGUCGCGGGAGGCGUCGUGCCGGUCGGAGCUGGGCGGGCGGCCGGCGAGCGAGGCGAUGCGGCAGCUGGUGUGCGCGGCGCGCGGCGUGGACCUCGCGCCGUGCGCCUCCUUCUCGCUGCUGCGGACGCUGCUCGACUCGCUCCGGAGGCUGCUGCACAGGUUAAGGAUAGUAGGUGGGGAAGCGGAGGAGGCGUGCUGCGUGCUCAGUCCGGUGUGGAGGCGCCAGGUGGCGUUACACACGACGCAGUCGCUCAGCCCGCAGCGGCUCGCCAGGGUUAUAUCCGCACAGAUCCUGGAGCGGCUGUCGGAGGCGCACGGGCGCUACCAGGCGGCGCUGUGGCGGCUGCAGGCGGCGGUGGGCGCGCGCCUGCUGCACACCGAGGACAACAAGCUGGCGCUGCGCAAGCACCACGCGCCUGCGCUCGCGCGCCUCUGUCUCGAGAGCACCUCGCUCGCCGACCUGCUGCAGCACGGCGUGCCCGACCUGGGUCGCGGCCAGUACGGCGUGGUGUACUCGGUGCGCGGCGAGUGGGCCGGCAUGUCCCCGGUCGCGGUGAAGUCCGUGCUGCCCGCGGACGAGCGGCACUACCACGAGCUCGCCAUGGAGUUCUUCUAUACUAAGAGCAUCCCAGCGCACCCCCGAAUAGUCCGGCUAUACGGGUCCAUAGUGCAGCGUCACAGCGGCUCGGGCCCGAGCGUGUUGCUCGUCUCGGAGCGGAAGUGCCGCGACCUGCACGCCGCCGUCAGGGCGGGGCUCUCCUUCGCGGCCAGGAUGAGGAUCAGCUGCGAUAUUGUGGAGGGGAUCCGCUACCUGCACUCGCUGGGGCUGGUGCACCGCGACGUGAAGAUGAAGAACGUGCUGCUGGACGCGCGCGGGCGCGCCGCGCUGUCCGACCUGGGCUUCUGCGCCGCCGAGGCGCUCAUCUCCGGCUCCGUCGUGGGCACGCCCGUGCACAUGGCGCCCGAGCUCUUCGCCGGCGAGUACGACGCCGCCGUCGACGUCUACGCCUUCGGGAUCCUCUUCUGGUACGUGUGCGCCGGUAACAUAAGGCUACCGUCAGCGUUCGAAACGUUUCAGAACAAAGAACAGUUAUGGAGUAAAGUUAAAAGAGGAUUGCGGCCGGAACGUCUUCCCCACUUCACAGACGAGUGCUGGGAGGUGAUGGAGUCGUGUUGGGCCUCCGAGCCAUCUCAACGAGCCCUCCUGGGCGAUGUCCAGCCCAAGCUUGAGAGGAUACUGCAAGCAGCACUCGCGGAGGAACAAGAGAAGACACAAGUCUACGACGCAAACAGAGAGUACGAUUACUCAGACGAUGACAGUCUCUACAUGACCGGUAUCAACAAAAACUGCCUUUGAUUGAGCCCGUUAAGCCUGUUGGAGUCCAAAAAUCUUUUGAACGGCGAACGGGCCUUUCGAAAUAUCUGUGAUUUAUCGUGUGAUCUACAGUUUUUUUAUCGAUAAAGUGUCGAAGAUGAAGUCUCGGAAGUAUCGAUGAAACGAAUAUAUUUUUGAAAUCGAAUAAAUGGGUGUUUAUUAAUGCAAAGAACGGAUUUAACGACACUAUUUUAAAAUAAUUAUAAUUAUUUUAAUGUAUGAAGCAAGUGUUCAGUUUAGCUUGACGUUGAUCAUCCGUCAAGCCAAAUCGCUUCAGGCAAAUUUGUUUAUCGCCUUUAUGAAUAUAAAGUUUGAGUUAGACACGAAAAUGUUAUGAAAUUUAAUAUAUGGGCACAUUAUUUGACCAAUCACAAAAGCACAGAAAUUAUUUUUCGGUGGUCUCUUACUAAGGGUAGUUCUAUGGAAUGAGUUGUAUGUUAUUGCGAAAUCACAUGGUCGACUAAUUAAAGUGAUUAUUUAUACAAAUCGAUAAGGAAAUUCUGUCGCAAACAAAUAUACGCUGUAUCCUCCAUUAGUAUAGAGUUCAACUUAUACCGAUGCCUACAAUGAAAUAAACUGCCAAUACAGCCCAACUAACCGCCAUUUUCAAUAGACGAUCCUAAUCCCUUUUUUGAUCUAUCUCAAAACUGGACCAAUCAGAACAAGGAUUUUUUACAUGCUUCCAAAAAGACUUAUUAUGGUUGGUUAUUAUCGGAAUUGGAUUGAAGAAUAAGAUGUAUUAAGAAGAGCGUUAAGUCGACUGAUAGUUUAAUUAUUGAACAUACUUUUGAGAGACAUAUUAAGUUUUGGUCAGGUCCAUUUACGUGGUCAGAAGUAGCGUCAUCUUGUUUUAGACUAAUAGCCAAAGGAAUAUAGAUCAAAGCGGUGGAGUUAUUGACUUCAGGCCUAUAAAAAAACAGGAUGUACAGGGAUUAUUAUUUUCUUCCAAAUUUGAACCACUCUGUAUGCUUAUAUAGCACGCCCAGGAGACUAAAAAUCUGCGCAAGGUUGUAAAAUAUGGAAAAGAAUGUACUGACAAUUUAAAAUGAAAAAGCAAAGUAGCACCUCGCAUGCAGAUUUUAUAUUUUCCUGAUCAAGCUAUAAAGGAUUUUUACCGUUAAGGGCAAGUUUCAUCAUGAACUGUGAGAAUUAAAUAGCUAUAGUCAAGACUAUAAGCGUAACCAUAAAUGUCGUAAGCCGAAAACAGGUAAUUUUGACUAUUAGUGUAAAUCAAAAACUGCCUAU